UGAUAAGCGCGUGCGCAUAGCUUUUUGUGUAUCUACUAUUAUUAUCAUCAUUUCACAUAACCUUGUUUCAUUCGGAAUUCAAAUUUGUACGUUGAUCGAGCGAAAAUUUGUACAUGUAGAUGUCCGUUGUCAUAUUUUUUUGUUGAUGUAAUCGUCUUCAAAUAAUUCGUAAACAUGAAUCGAUUACGUUAUAAGACAAGAUAUGCAGCAUAUAAUGAAGCGUGCCGUGGAUGUUACUCUCACAUCGAAAACGGGAACGUUCUCUUGUCCGUCAUGGUUCAGUCCAGAAAAGACGACAAAAAAGAGGCCGUCAACUACCACGUCCGAUGUUUUUUUGAAAAACAACGCCUUACGACGGAAGGAGACGUAGAUGGAUUCGAAAAGCUCCGCUUUGCCGAUCAAAAGAAAAUCCGAGACUAUAUAACUCGGCACAACACAAAGAUUGUUUUGCCCAAGAAAAGAGGCAAAGAGUCCGGCACUAAUGACAUCAAAAUGUCAGCCAAGGCAUUGCGUGAUUUCGGAGUAGAAUAUUCGAAAUCCGCGAGAGCAAACUGCUGUGGCUGUCGCCAAAAGAUAGCAAAAUCGAUUGUUCGAGUCAAGAAAGUGGUGUACACAACGGAAGUUGGAAUCAAUUUUGGUGGUCAGGCGUUGUGGCAUCACCUCGAAUGCUUUGCCAAGCUUAUGGUAGAAUUGGGAUGGUACGGAAGUGGCGACCAGCUACCCGGUUUUACGCAACUUACCAAAGAUGACCAAAAGAUGGUUCUGUCAACGAUAAGCCCUGCUCCUAUUGAUGACAUUCCCGAAUUUAAGAAACCGAAACUGCAAGAAUCUGUGGACGAACUAGAAAAAUUGAUUGCUGUUCAGAACACAGAGUUCUACUCUCAUCGCGACUUUGUCCAUUCAAAGUUACCAAAGAGUAAUUGGAUUCAACUUCUAGAAGUGAAUAAGCAAAAAAAUCCGCAAAAAUCGGACGAGAUACUGGACCUGGUUGCUGAAAUUCUGACAUUCGGGGCUCUAUUACCGUGUCCAGAAUGCUCCGGUCAACUGGUAUUCAGUAAGAAUGGAUAUUCAUGCACAGGUCGAAUUUCAGAAUGGGCCAAGUGCGAAUACAAUGUCAAAGAACCGGCACGCAACCCAUGCCAAAUUCCAACUUGGCUACAAAGCCAUUUCGCCGGCAGAAAAGUGGAGAAACAAACCCGUGCCAUUAAGUGUGUUGAAGCAACGAGCACCGCGUUCAAUAAAACAUACGAUCCGGAUGCAGUUUACUUACCAAAGGUUGAGCACACAAAGCCACCCCUUUAUUUGAUGGAAGUUGUCGUUAUCGGCACGUUAUCGAAGAGUCGCGAUAAACUCAAACCAAUCAUCGAAAAAAUGGGCGGCAAGUUAGUUACAAAGUUGCAUCCGCAAACUGCCGUUGUGUUGUCAACACAAGCUGAAGUCGACAAAAUGAGCAAACGAAUGCAAGAGGUGCAAAGAAACAAUAUUCAAGUUUGCACGGAAAAUUUUUUGGACGAUAUAAAAGGGGGUGGAACCCUCGAAUACAUUGCAAAGAACAGUAUUUGCGAUUGGGGAUCGGACCCCUUCACACGAAUCGAUCAAAAUGAACCAUCCAUGAAAGUCUCCAAGAGUUUGUACACCAGAUCGGUGCCAACAUCGGUGAAAUUGAAGCUUGUCGAUGGGACAGCCGUUGAUCCAGCUUCGCUUCUUGAUGCAGUCACACACGUAUACGUUUCCGAUGGAACCAAAUACUUUGCUAUUCUCAAUCUUACCGAUAUUCAGGAGGAUAAGAAUUCCUAUUUCAAAAUUCAGUUGCUAGAAGCGAACGACAAACGGAGCUAUUAUGUGUUCUCGUCGUGGGGCAGAAUUGGAACCACAAUCGGAGACAACAAUACGAAGUACUGUGCGGAUCUACAGCACGCAAUCAAAGCGUUCCGUCAACUGUACAAGACUAAAACCGGAAAUGAUUUCAAUGCCAAAAAGUUUGUAAAAAAGCCGGGCAUGUUUUAUCCAGUCGAAGUGGAUUACGGUGACGAUGAAAGUCUGAAAAAAUUGGAAGAUCUCAAGUCAAACAUUCCGUCCAAACUACCCGAAUCGGUACAGCAAUUAACUAAGAUGAUUUUCGACGUCACCGAAAUGAAGAAGCAAUUGUUGGAAUUCAAUUUGGACACAACGAAAAUGCCGCUGGGAAAGAUCAGCAACAAUCAGUGCUUGAAGGCGAUGGCCGUGCUGUCGGAAUUGGCAAACAUUGUUAAAGCGGGCGGAGGUCGAACGAAAUUCAUUUCCGAAUCGAAUAAAUUCUACACAUUGAUUCCGCACAAUUUUGGCGAGCGACGUCCGCCGGUCAUCGAUACAAUUGAAUUGAUUUCAACCAAACGCGAAAUGCUCGAUACAUUAAUCCAGAUGGAACUUGCGUAUAAUCUGAUGCAAGAAGGAAACGAAGAGAAUGUCAAUCCGCUGGAUAAGAGAUACAGUCAGCUGAAGAAUAAAAUUACACCGAUGGAUAAACGAGAUCCGAUGUACAACAUUCUGGAACAAUAUUUGCAAAAUACACAUGCUCCCACCCACCAAAAUUACACGAUCGAUCUGGAGCAGAUAUUCGAAGUCGAUAGACAAGGUGAACGGGAACGGUACGAGGCAUACGCUAAUCUGCAUAAUCGUAAGCUGUUGUGGCACGGAUCCAGGCUGACCAACUUCGUCGGCAUUCUUUCGCAUGGUUUGAAAAUUGCACCACCUGAGGCACCUGUAACCGGCUACAUGUUUGGUAAAGGUGUUUAUUUCGCCGAUAUGUCGUCGAAAUCGGCAAACUACUGCUACACGAACAUUAACAACACGACCGGCUUAUUGAUGCUAUGUGAAGUAGCAUUAGGCAACAGUCUGGAACUGCAACAAGCAAAAAUGAUCCAGAAAUUACCAAAGGGCAUUCAUAGUGUGAAGGGCUGCGGCAAAACGUAUCCGAAUCCCGACGAGGCUGUUAUGAUGGAUCAUGGAUGCGAAAUUCCCACUGGAAUGCCAGUAAAUGACUUAUCAUUCGACUCACAAUUGUUGUACAACGAGUACAUUGUCUAUGACACAAGUCAGAUUCAAGCAAAAUACCUGAUGAAGGUCAAAUUUAAUUUUUAGAGCGGUUGUCGCUGUGGUACGGUUUAUUUUUGUUUUUUUGUCGUUGUUGAAAUGAAAAUUGUAAUUUUUUUUUUGUUCGUUAUAUUACAACGCUGACUAACAACGCAAUAGUAUGACAAAACCAAAUUCGCUUAAGUGUAACAAAAAAUACCUCAAAAAACUAUCUCAAACAAAAAAUUUAUUAAAUUAUUCGCCAGCGAUAUGGUUAACAGA